GAUGCUCCAGGUAGUUUCAAGAAUAUGCCACUCGAAAUAAGUAUUAUCAUGACACGCAGUGCUGAGGGAAGUCGAGGAAACUCAGUCCGAGCAACCUCUCCCAGCCUCGAACCAGGACGGCCUCGCAACAGCUAUGGCUGGACCUCAAGGUGUGCUUCAAGAUUUGCAAGGUCCCUUUGAGAAGUACGAAAGCCUGGGAUCCCAAAGCAAGAGGGCUUGGGGUAGACUCAAAUGGGGCUCAAACGACAUCGCCGAGUUGAGAGCCAGGCUGACUUCAACCACAGUUUUGCUUACUGCUUUUUUGGGGAGCUUAUUUUCAACUCGAACCUUCACCAUGGAGUUAAUCCUAGCGUUCAGCACCUCUCAAGUUGUGGUUGAACGAAAGCUCAAGAAUGGGAGCCGAGAGUGUGUGAGAUCUCAGAACUUCACUCUCACACAUCAAAUAACAACAAAACACCAGAAAAUCCACUACAUUCAGAACUUCAGAACCUGGAAUUCUUGAUAUCCUGUUACCUAUUACCAACCUCCGCUCCA